GGCCUGCCUGCCGGGUUUAUUAGUACGCGGCGACCGUGGCGGCGGCGGCGGCCGCAGCUACUGCUACGACGGGAUCCCGGACGGAGCGGCGGCCCGCGGAGCAGAGUUGUAUUCCGGGGUCCCGAUCGCAGGCGGCGUGGCCCACGGGUCAUGGCCAAAGGAGAGGGCGCCGAGAGCGGCUCCGCGGCGGGGCUGCUGCCCGCGGGCAUUAUACAAGCGGGUGAACGUCCGGCCCAGGUGAAGAAGGAACCGAAGAAGAAACAACAGUUGUCCGUUUGCAGCAAGCUUUGCUAUGCAGUUGGAGGGGCCCCCUACCAGGUGACAGGCUGUGCCCUGGGGUUCUUCCUGCAGAUCUACCUGUUGGAUGUGGCUCAGGUGGACCCUUUCUCUGCCUCCAUCAUCCUAUUUGUGGGCCGGGCUUGGGAUGCCAUCACAGAUCCCCUGGUGGGUUUCUUCAUUAGCAAGUCUUCGUGGACCCGCCUGGGCCGCCUCAUGCCCUGGAUCAUCUUCUCCACGCCCCUGGCCGUCGUUGCCUACUUCCUCAUCUGGUUCGUGCCUGACUUCCCACAGGGCCAGAGCCUGUGGUACCUGCUUUUCUAUUGCCUCUUUGAGACACUGGUCACAUGUUUCCACGUUCCCUACUCAGCUCUCACCAUGUUCAUCAGCACAGAACAGAGUGAGCGGGAUUCUGCCACUGCGUAUCGGAUGACUGUGGAGGUGCUGGGCACAGUGCUGGGAACAGCGAUCCAGGGGCAAAUCGUGGGCCAAGCGGAUACACCUUGUCUCCAGGACCGCAACAUUUCUGCAGUGGCCUUGGAAGGUGCCAAUCGCACACACAGCACCACCUCACUCAGAGAAACGCAAAAUGCAUACCUGCUGGCAGCAGGGGUCAUUGCCACCAUCUAUAUCAUCUGUGCUGUCAUCCUGAUCCUGGGCGUGCGGGAGCAAAGAGAACCCUAUGAGACUCAGCAGGCUGAGCCGAUGUCCUUCUUUCGGGGCCUCCGGCUGGUCAUGAGCCACGGCCCGUACGUCAAGCUUAUUGCCGGCUUCCUCUUCACCUCCCUGGCUUUCAUGCUGGUGGAAGGGAACUUCGCCUUGUUUUGCACCUACACCCUGGGCUUCCGCAAUGAAUUCCAGAAUCUGCUACUGGCCAUCAUGCUCUCGGCCACAUUCACCAUCCCCAUCUGGCAAUGGUUCCUAACCCGGUUUGGCAAAAAGACGGCUGUAUACAUUGGGAUCUCUUCAGCAGUGCCAUUUCUCACCUUGGUGGCCCUCAUGGAGCGUAACCUGAUCAUCACAUACGUGGUAGCUGUGGCAGCUGGCAUCAGUGUAGCAGCUGCCUUCUUACUACCCUGGUCCAUGCUGCCCGACGUCAUUGACGACUUCCACUUGAAGCAGCCCCACUCCCGUGGAACCGAGCCCAUCUUCUUCUCCUUCUAUGUCUUCUUCACCAAGUUCGCCUCCGGAGUCUCACUGGGCAUCUCCACCCUCAGUCUUGACUUUGCCGGCUACCAAACCCGUGGCUGCACCCAGCCGAGGCGCGUCAAGUUUACGCUGAAGAUGCUGGUGACCAUGACUCCCAUAGUCCUCAUCCUGCUGGGCUUGCUGCUCUUCAAACUGUACCCCAUUGACGAGGAGAAGCGGCGACAGAACAAGAAAGCCCUGCAGGCUCUGCGGGAAGAGGCCAGCAGCUCGGGCUGCUCUGACACAGACUCUACAGAGCUGGCCAGCAUCCUCUAGGGCCUGUGGUGUUGCCCGAAGCCUCCAUGCACAGGGCCUGGAUCACCAGGCCACAGGAAUCCAGGCCUGCUGGCCCACUCACUGAACAUCUGGUCUCCAGAUGCCAGGAAGGGAGCCAAAGACUCGAGAAUAAGCGGCCCAGGACACCUCCUGUGCCCACUGUGGGGCGAGCCAUCCGUAUAGCCGCCUGCCUCCCCUCUGCUCACCCAUGGGGCCGAGCCCUGGGGCUGCUACUGUGAAUAUGCCAAGGACUGAUCGGGCCUAGCCCGGAACACUAAUGUAGAAACGUUUUAUACAGAGACUAAUUAAUAACUUAAUGACCGUGUACAUAGCAAUGUGUGUAUGUAUAUGUCUGUGAGCUAUUAAUGUUAUUAAUUUUCAUAAAAGCUGGAAAACAGA